AUGGGCCCAUAUCCACGAACACCGAGGGGGAACAGGUUCUUGCUUGUAGUGACUGACCUGUUCACCCGGUGGACAGAGGCCUAUCCCUGUCGAAAUGUGCGAGCCGCCACCAUCACCAAGAUCCUGGCACAAGAGUUCUUGCCGCGCUGGGGCUACCCGCAGUCAGCCCUCUCCGACAAUGGCAGCCAGUUCUUGGGCCGACAGUGGAGGACUUGGUGCGACGAUCAUCAAAUACAGCACCACACCACACCCGCAUACCACCCGCGGGCAAACCCCACCGAACGCCGCAACCAGGAGCUGAAGGCGCAGAUGCGCGUACGCCUCAGCUCAGACCAUGCGCAGUGGGACAGGCACAUUUCAGAUGUCCUGUUCUGCAUGCGCCGUCGGGUGAAUGAGGCAACUGGUAGAACACCCGCCGAGAUGGUUCAGGGACACAAUCUACCCCUGCCCGGUGAAUGGGCCACGCAUGGAGUACCACACCCGACAGAAGGACCGGAAGAGCGAGACCGCCUCCGCACAGCCACACACGAAGAAGCACGCCAACGGCAAAAAGUCUACGCGAUGGAAAUAACACCAACGACGAACCACAAGUCACCCACCGUACAAGCAGGAGACCAAGUGUUUGUGCGUGUCCAUCCCCUGUCGGCCACACCACAUAAUUACUGCGCAGGAUUGGCCCCCCGCUGGGGAAGCCCCUACAUGGUACAGAGACGCCUGGGCCAGACCACAUACCUCGUGCGCCUAGGGGGACGGCGGGUGAAGAAGAUUCAUCGUGAUGACCUGCGCCUUGCCACACUCCCGGGAGACAGGCUCCCAGAAUCGCCUGUAACAGUGACUCCACCAGAACACCCAGCACCCAGGAGAGAACUGGACGAUCCGACCACCCCUGAGGGUGAGGGGGACGAGGACCAGAACGACGAGGCACCAAGUACAACACCGGUCGUGACCGAACCGUACGAGACUGACCCCGAUGCACCUGUGUCACUGACCCGGGGAGCCUGGGGCCACCUGGCAUCCCUGGAGGAUGCCCACUUCACUGUCAAUGUGAUCGAGCCGAACGACGAGGCUAACGAACAGCCCCGCCAGCCAACCCAGCACCCGUGUCACCUGGAUGAUAAUGGCCUCGAUGAGCCAAUGACCCCACAGCGACCAAUUCAGCGACAAAUGUGA